AUGGGAUCACCAAAUCGCGAAGAGAAUCCCCGAAUUUCACCGUCGCCGCCCAAUCUCACAGAUAACCCGACCUCAAUUGAGGACCGACUUGAUCACAGUCGACCUCUGCACCACUGCCCGAUCUCAACGAAACUCGGGAACACAUAUCCGAUCACACCACGGACCGGGCCGACCUCUCUUCUUCGUCUACCGACGAACUCAAUCUCGGCCGACAUAACCGGGGCCGACUACAGCUGUGAGGCCGACAUCAAGGGAUGCGACGAAGAAAAAACGAGAAAAAAGAAAGAGACGAUGAGUUUGACGUAUCAACCGACCUCAUUUGCCUACGCAACGGGACCGAGUCCAUUUAUUAAACCAACGAUGUCGGGGCUCGACCGUGAACGAACCCUUCACAGCCUACCACGAGCUCGAACCCCGAAAUUACGGCAUCGGGGCCCGACUUCAAUGUCCGCCGACGAGCCCCACAACCACAUUCCGACCUCGAACAUCAAGUGCUCCGACCUCCGACCUCAGUCGACAGGUCUCAAUCUUACCUUUCCCGAUGUCAUCAUUGUCGAGCUAAAACGAAACAACAGAUCCAACCUCGCUCCUUUCGCUCCGACGUCCGACCUCAAUCGUCGGCACCGACCGACAUCAAUCAACGGCUCCCAUAAACUCGGAUCUCCUAAAUCACGGAAACCUGAACCGACAACGCUACAUCACCGACUUCAAAUCGGGCACGACCUCCUUAAUCUCGGGCUUGUCUCUUUCUCACCGACUUUACUACCGAAUGUCUGA